AUGCCUGUCCCAUCCAGAAAGGGAUCUGUACCAUCUACACCCGCGAGGUCGUCCAAUGGCGCCAAACCGCGAUCCACCACGAAACGAAAUACCAGUCUUUUGAACUUCUUUCAAAAGGCAGAUGGACCACCGAAGUCUACCUCUCGACAGUCUCGAAUCACACAGUUCACGACACAGGGAGAGCGUCCGAAUCAAGGGAGCACCACUCCUCGACCGCGUGUUGUGCGAAGAGAGGAUAGCUCUGCGAGCAAUGGUGUUGGGGGGUUGUUUUUGGGCGCUUCGCGGUCGCCGAUGAACGGAGAUACGAGUACGACUGGCGGGGCAGAAACGAGGGAAAGGUCGCGAACGCCGGAUGAUAUAUGGGGCGAAGAGUCGGAGAGCCUACGACCGGAGAAAGAAGAACAGGUGGAACAAGAGCAGGCGAGGUUCCAUGAGAACAGGUCAGCGGUCAAGCGGCGAAAGCUUGACUCUCCGUCGGUCGAGGGAGCGGACCCUAAGCUGGCAAAGAAGAGAGCUGCAAAAUCUCCGAAAGCCAGUGGUCCGUUUAUUGAUGAGUCGGAUAGUGAGAAUGAGCUGGACGCGUUCAAGGAGUUUCAGGAGCAAUCGGUAGAGUUGGAUAGCAAGGAAGAUUGUUCUCGUAUUGAAGAUGAUCGGAUAGAAAUCACGCGAAUUUCAACCGCCGACGUACCACCGCUGGUAAGAGAAGCCACCAGCCAUAUGCAAGAUGAUGAAUGUUCGAAUUUUGACGAUCCAGGAGAAGAGGAAUUCCAAGAGCAAGAGUGUUCCUUAGAUGCCCUUGACGGAGAGGUAAUGACUGAAGAAGGGACUCUCGACUUUGAUGCAAAUGAUUCUCCGGCUCUGGAUGAAGAUAGCGUUGAUCUUGGUGAUGACGCACCUGUAUGCCCGGUGUGUCAAGGUAGCUUGGGAGGCCUUAGCGAACCCGAUAUUACCACCCAUGUCAAUGAUUGUCUUGAUGGGGUGCCUAGCAUAAUUGGCCGAAAGACGAAUGUCAACGUCUUGGAGAAAAAUCCCACACGGGUGGAACUUGCUGCUGUACCAAGACCAGCACAAAAGGAUCCCUUGGUUUCAGGUGGCGCCCCUGCAGCAUCUGCGUUUUCGAAGAUUAUGGCUGGCAAUGCUGAAGACACAGCAUGGGCAGCAGCAGCAGCGAGUGACGCCGCGUCUCGAGGUAAACAGGCUUAUCAAAGGACGUGUCCAUUCUACAAAAUCGUCACCGGCUUCUCCGUUUCAGUCGAUGCAUUUCGGUACGGGUCAGUCGAAGGCUGUAAGGCCUACUUCCUUAGCCAUUUUCAUAGUGACCACUACAUUGGACUUUCAAAAUCGUGGUCCCAUGGCCCGAUUUAUUGCAGCAAACCGACUGGGAAUCUAGUUCGUCAACAGCUCAAAGUUGAUCCAAAAUGGAUCGUGGAUCUCGAAUUUGAGAAGAGGGCAGAGGUACCGGGAACCGGGGGUGUAGGAGUGACAAUGAUUGAGGCCAAUCAUUGUCCUGGUAGUGCUUUGUUUCUCUUUGAGAAAGUCAUUGGCUUCAGAUCAUCUAAAAAGGUGCAGAGAGUGCUGCAUUGUGGUGAUUUUCGGGCUUCCCCGCAACAUGUUCGGCAUUCGCUUUUACGCCCUGAUCCCAUUGACCCUGGUACCAGCCAGAAGCGACAGCAACGAAUUGAUGUCUGCUACCUUGAUACUACAUAUCUCAGUCCUAAAUACGCGUUCCCUAAGCAAGCAGAUGUCAUUAAUGCGUGUGCAGAGCUCUGUGUGCACUUUGACCAAGGUGACUAUGAUGCUCUCAGUCAAAUACCAGGGCCGUCCGCGAAGUCUAGUUAUAUAUCAAAAACCCCGCUUUCUCGGUUUCUUUCUUCUAGUGCUGGUGCUCCUAGGCCUACAGAAGACUCGCGGCCCAAAGGCCGGUUGCUUGUGGUGAUCGGAACAUAUAGCAUAGGUAAAGAGCGGAUAUGCCUAGCUAUAGCACGAGCCCUGAAGAGCAAAAUAUACGCAACAGCGGCGAAGCAACGCGUGUGCGCCUGCUUGGAAGACCCCGAACUGUCCUCGCUGUUAACGAGUAACCCAAGAGAUGCACAGGUGCACAUGCAGACGCUGUUCGAGAUCCGCACAGAAACAUUAACCGAGUAUCUAGACUCCCUACGGCCACAUUUCACACGGGUAGUAGGUUUUCGACCAACGGGGUGGACAUACCGACCACCCGCAGGCAGGGCAUUAGAAAAUCCACCUGUAUCAACGGUGCUACAUUCUACACAUUGGAAGACUCCGUUUUCAGCACGCGAUCUCACCCCGCAGCGUGGGAGCACGCGGGAGAGUGCCUGUUUUGGAGUGCCAUACAGCGAGCAUAGCUCUUUCCGGGAGUUGACUAUGUUCUGCUGCGCGUUGCGGAUAGGAAGGAUUAUUCCAACGGUGAAUGUUGGUAGCCAGAAAAGCCGCGAGCGGAUGAAGACUUGGUUUGAACGGUGGGAAGCUGAGAAACGGAAGAGUGGGCUAUACAAGGGCGCUGGGGCCGCAAUAGUCUUUCUUAGAGCCCUUGUUACAAUUCGCCCGUCCACAAAGCCAUCACCCCCGGUUCGCAAAUCACAGACAAGGCACCCCAAUCUCUGCAGUUUUGUCACUUGUGUCAUUACCAGAAGGAGGGGCGGGGAAACAAAGGUCGGGGACGUGAAUCGGCUGGCGUUGACUAGCAAGCUAAACCCUAGACUCCCGACUUUGACUUCCGUUAUAUUGCUUUGCCUCGGGGAUGCUCUCAUCAAUCCCAUCAUAAAUAACUCCGGCCAGGAUGCCCAUAUGUUGGUGUUGCUUGUUUCUGUCUAUCUGAGAGAGCCAUGGACUAAGCUGAAGCGCGAAUCUGUGGAAUUCUGCUUCUGA